AUGGGUGCUCUCAGAAGAAACGUUGGUCUGAUCGAUUCUAAGGGUUGUUCCAAGCUGUUCCCUGUCUCACAAUCUCCCCCUCUCAUGUCUCAACUCAAUGGACCCUUCUCUUCUCUUGUCAUAUGCGUCACUGGUUUAUCCAAAGAUGCAAGGAAACAAGUUAAGGAAGCGACAGAGAGACUAGGAGGCGAGUACAGUCCUCACCUUCAUCUGCGAUGUACCCAUUUGGUUGUUCAGAUAUCCUUUUUCAUCUUAAUUUUCAACUUCUCAUGUGGACGUAAGUUUGAGCAUACUUUGAAACAUGGGGCAAGAAAUGGUCUCUUUGUUGUCACAAUUGGUUGGUUUGUUGAUAGCGUCGGGAGAAACAUCAGGAUGAGCGAAUCACUUUACAAAGUUAAACAAUUGGGAAAAGGUAGUGAAAAGGUGGAUCAGCUGAGCAGAGUUUUUGAUGUUGAAUCUAUUUGUCGUCCUCGUAUAAUUCAGCAAGCUGUACAUUUUGGCACAUCAACGAAGUACCACCAAGUAUCUUCUUCUGGAACAGUGACUGACACUAGUGAAGACAUGACUCUUGCUGACCAUUCUAUCUAUAUUGAUUCAGACAUUUCGGAUGAUCUCCGAGUUAAGUUGCUGAAGGUUGCAGGAGAUCAAGGUGCAAAGGUCAUAGAUUCAUGGUUUGUUGGAUGCAAUGCAAGUCUUGUCGUCUGUGAAGGUGCUUCUGUCCAGAGAUAUCUUGGCCAUGCAAACACCAUUGUCUCUCCACUAUGGGUUCUGAAAACAGCGGAGAGACAUCAACAAAGACUUGUUCACAUGUCACCUGAUUUAGCCCGACAGUUGGGAGUAAUGCUAGAUAAUAUUGAAUAUGGUGCCCCAGAGGAGAUAAUUUCGCGGCAAGCUGAUUCUCUAGAUGCUCCUAAAUUCAGAAGUAAAUCAAAACAAGAAAGGAAAGAGACUGUAACUAUAGCGAAAACUGGAGUAAGGAGACGGCGCGCUCGCCAUAUGCAGACUUGUCAAAACCCGAUAAGACGCAUAACACAGAGCAGCCUGCUGGAGAAUAUUUGCUGGACAAUAUCUGAAGCAGCUUCAACUGCCACUAUUUUUAAUGAUUCAUGCAGCAGCAGCGGCUACAUCACUGAGCCCCAGCCUUCUGCUGUAGAAGAAGGGAAAGAUAAAGAGUUGGAUCCAGUAGCUUCGUUCUCAAACUCGACCAGAACACUCACCGAGAGUGAGAAGACAGAAGUAAUAUUUAAAGACAACUUCCUUACAAUUCUAUAUCCAGCUGAUCGAUUCUCGGAGAUGGGACCUUCUUCACGGACUUAUUUCAGUGAUACGGGUUUCACUUGCCUGCAAAUUUUAGACUACAUCCACAGAUUUUAUCAGGAAGACUUGCCUGAUCACGAAAUAGAAGUUGCGAUACACACUGACUCGAGGCACGCAGACCGUCUAAGAGCAGUCUAUUGCAACAAAGAGGAAUCGGAUGAUGGAUACAUGAUUUUCCCAAGAAUCGAGUUACUAGGAAGCAGGAAAAGUUUCGAAAUGCUUAAGCGUGUUAACGGAGAGAACAACAGUAAUGUAUAUGAGCUCAUGAUUAGAGCUUGA